AUAGGCAUGAAAAAUCUUCAAGCAAGAAAGGCAAAUGGGCGAGGGGUUGUCUCUCUCUCUUUCCAGUUCUGGGAAUUGGGUCUGAGAAUCCGUUUUUGUUAUCACUUCAAGUCUCAAGAACAUGAGCUCUCAAUAGCAGCCGCGCAAUAACCAUGGCGGCGCUUAUACAAAUUCCCAUCAAUUUCUCAGCCGUAAACACACCGCGCACAUCUCCAAUCGGGGGAAACGGCUUUUAUGGGCUGAAACCUUUGAAACGCGGUAGUUUUUGUACUGUUUCGAGUGUAAAGAUUGAUUCUUUUUAUCCAAAUAAGGGCAAGUUUGGAGCUUUUAGGGAUGAGUCGUCUUUCUGGGAAGUUAGCUGGGAGGGGAGGCGGAGUGAGAAGAAGAGAGUGGUUUUGGUCAGAUUCAAUAGUCUUGACGGCGGCGACGGCGGCGGCGGUGGAAGAGAUAACAGUGAGACUGUAAGGGUGUUGGGCAAUAUUGCUUUGGCUAUUGUGUUUACAUACCUUACCUUCACUGGACAGCUUGGUUGGGUCUUGGAUGCCAUUGUUUCAGUUUGGCUUCUUGUAGUGCUUCUUCCAAUUAUAGGCAUAGUAGCUUUUUUCUGGUGGGCAGGGCAAGAUAUCGUUCAAGGCGCGUGUCCAAAUUGCGGGAAUGAUUUUCAGAUUUUCAAAUCAGCAGUAAAUGAUGACAUACAGCUUUGCCCGUUUUGUAGCCAGCCAUUCUCGGUUGUUGGUGAUGAAUUUGUACGCGAUCCUGUGAGGUUCUCCAACGAGUCGAGAACAUUUGGCCAAGCAUUCAAAGACUUCACCUCUCGCUCCAAGAAAGACAAGAAAUCCUCGGUUGCUGUUGUCGAUGUAGAAGCUGAAAUUAAAGAUGCUGAGUGAGCAUUGAUCUCCGAUUACGUAUAUUCCACGUUUGUUAGACUGUUCUGAUUCUGUUAAUUUCCUAUGGAUUGGAAGGUAUUCGUCGGAGUUCUUCUGCUGUAACGGAUAAGAGAUUCCGACAUUCUGUGAAUAUUUAGGAAGAAGGAAAUCUGCUGAACAUCUUUCAUUUCUUUGAAUUACUGCAUUGCAUGCAGCUCAUGAAGUUUGGGCUAUGGAGUCUGUUUUUCGCUUCGAUUUUCCAUUUCUGUAAUGCCAUACUGCACUUGUUAUUGAGUUCUAACACCACAGCUUUCAACUGAGCUCGAAAA